UGUGCGGACUGUGCCUGUGUCUGUUUAAAGUUUUCGUAAUGGAGGAGAACGUUUAUGUAUGUUAUGUUUGAAGUUUGAGUUUUGAUGUUUUAUGUUGAUUAGUCAAAAAAGCGUUUUCAGAGGCGUAUCAAAAAUGUAUUACAAUCACGUUGUAACUUGCAAAAGUGCUCAAGAUUGAAUUGUUGUAUAUCAACGAGAAAACGCAAAUGUAAAACAUUUCUGAUGAAUCACAUUUUUUUAGAACCGUACUGUGUUUAAAUACAUCUCAUCAAAUGAAACCUUAUUAUACUUGAUAGCUAAGGAUAAUUUCAAGAUGUCGCGUAGUUAUUCGAAAAGUUAUGGUCGCAAAGUGAAUGCCAAUGUUCCACAGGCAGCAAGUAUCCAGUUCGAUAAAUUAUUCUGUGAAAAUAGUAACCGACCUUCAGCAGCGAAAUCCACAGGAACUGUUGGAAAAUGGGGCAUCACGUCAUUCACAUCCAUACGAAGUACAAACUUUUGUAUCCCAGGCAGAAGAGAAGAUUCCGUUCUAUCGUCGAACAAAAGGAAGCUGAAUGACGUGAAGAUUUCGAGGUCGAACAAAGACCUGUUCAAGUUGGAGCCAUCGAGCCCGUCACCGCCAGCUGCGGCUGCUCCGCCCCCCCGCCCCAAGAAGUUCUUCAAGAGUCGAAAUGCCCUCGAGCCGCCCCCGCCCUACCCCGCGCAGCCCACCGAAACUGCCCGCAAGUACACGGGCAAAGCAUCCAAGAGUGCCAGUGCCGCACAGCCUAGAACCCCAGUUACUGCUGCCUCGAAGAAGGCGUUCCCAGUGAUGAAAGAUGACACGGAUGAGGAGCAAACAGAGGCAAUGAAUCUGUCCACUUCGCCCACCAUCGAAACCGGGUCUUCUCCCUCUUCGACGCCGCAUCAUCCUCCGAUCGUUCUGCGAAUAUUCAAGGGAACUUCGCAGAUUAUCUCGAAUGAGAGUGCACCGGCGCAGAACGCAACAUCACCGGUUUCAACGGCGCCCGUGACGAGGAGCUCGCGUCGCAGGCAGAACAACAACUCGGACAACUCAGCAGCCGGCCACAUCUCACCGAAACGUCUGCGCGAGAGAAACCGCGACUCCACGCAUGACAAUAAUAAAACUGUACAUUACCAAGUAGAAUUUAAGUCCGAGUUGAAAUCAGAACUUGUAACUGAAUCUCCUACUGAAGAAUUGAAGCCGGAUGAUUUGCCAAACAAAAUUGACGACGAGGUUUUGGUACCAGUUGAGAAAGAAGUAGAAGAAGGACAAGAAGAAAGUGCAGCGACUGUUGAUGAAACUGUGCCAGAAGCAGCUGACGUAGAGAUGGCAGAGAUCAAGCUGGAACAAGUGAAAAGUGAGGAGAUUGUUGAUAUUGCCAAAGAGAAGGAGGAAGAAAAUGCUAAGCAUUUAGAAGAGGCAGAGGCAUUUUUGAAUAGUACAAAGGUAGAUUUUAACGAUGUAACCAGUAAGAUUUUAGACACUGGUAGCAAGAAAACCAGCUCAAUAGAAGAAGAUAGAGAAAAGCUGCUUAGGGUGUUGAGUGGGGAGGAUGGGGAUGACGAUGAAGAGGGGGAGGGGGAGGGGGAAGUGAAAGUGAAGGAGGAGCCGCCGCCGCCGGCGGUGGAGAGCAAGCCGGCCGAGUGUUUGAGUGAGGAGGAGGAUAGUGAUAGUAUAGCCGAUCAGAUAACCACGCUUUCCGAAGGCACCGGCGUCAGUAGUGUGAAGGCCGAAGAGGAGGAGCAACUACAGCAGGCUGUAGCCAAGUCGCCAGUCAAAGUUGCGCCGAAGAAGGGCAGCAUAUUCAAGUCGAGAGGUGUGAUGGGCGGCAACAAGAAGCGACUGGCGCUGUACAAGCACAAGUGGUGCGACGACAAGGAACCGGGAAGCGGUCAGGGUGGGCAGACGCCAGACAAGGCCGACGACCAGCUGAUGGUGCAGGGUGGCGCCAACAGUGGUUCUAGCGAGGAUGUGCUGACGCGCGUCACCAUGUACCCCGAUGACGACCCUGAUCUCCUCGACAACGUCGAGGCCGUCACCAGUGUCAAGUGCAGCAAGAACACUAAGAAGUUUUACACUGUAGUGAGAAACGUGAAAAAAGCUCAUCAAAUCCAAGAAUCCGGUGAAUUUCAAGAGUUCAAUGAUGAUGUUGAGUACAUUCUUGAUGCGUUACAAGACAACAAUCCAAUUGGAACAAGGUGUCUAUCGGCUAUAACGUUGGCGUCAAAGUGUAUGGCUCCAGCUUUCCGGAUGCACGUGCGAGCACAUGGCACUGUGGCAAGGUUCUUUCGGGCACUGCAUGACGCUGUCAAAGAUCAGAGUCUUGGCAUGUGCACGGCAACAGUGAUGUUUGUUCUGAGUCAAGAUAGGCUGAAUAUGGAUCUUGACAGACAUUGUUUGGAGUUGAUGUUGAACCUGUUGGAGAGCGACACCAGCCACACGUCGGCGCUGGGCGACUGUGGCCUUUCCGACGCCCAGCUGCACAAGACUCGCUCCAGGGUGCGCCAGCUCUGCGCUGAGAUCCAGGAGAAAGGCCACGCCAAGCAUCUCAACCUCGACAACAUCACGGUUGGUCACCUAGCCAUGGAAACAUUGCUGAGUCUGACAUCGAAGAGAGCAGGCGAGUGGUUCAAAGAGGAGCUGAGGGAGCUUGGCGGUCUGGAGCACAUUGUCAAAACUGUGGUAGAAUGCAGCAAGCUCAUUGACUUCGACAUUCUUGUCUGGACUCCUCCGAUACUAGAUCGUCUGCGAAAGGUCGACCGUUGUCUCAGGGUUCUUGAAAACGUUACAGUUGAAAAUGAGGAAAAUACAUCUUACCUGUUGACAUAUGGCGAUGGAGUUUUGGUCAACACUCUAGUUCGAGUAUUUAGAGUCUGUGUUACCGAAGUAUGUAGAUUUCCAUCGUAUAAUGUAGCCGACAAAGAAUCUACGGGUUUUGUGAUACGAGAAUGUCUCUUCGCCAACCUCAAAGUACUAAUCAAUCUCACACACGACUUCCAUCAAAGAUCUGUUGGCUCAACUCUCACUGGUGGACAAGAAGGUCUUCUAAAUGCAAACCUCCACGUGCUCAUUUAUGGCCCGGAAUAUGUUCCUGAAGAACAAAAAUUUGAUCUCACUGUAUUGGCUCUCACAUUAUUGAUCAAUUUGGUUGAGCAUAGCGAAUCAAACAGAAAGCUAAUGGUGGAGGCAUUAGGACCCAGUGAGUCUACUGCUGUCUUCGACUGUAAAACAUCAGCCAUUGAAACGCUGGUUGCACUUUUUUACAAACACGAAGAACUAGCUAGAACAGAAGAACGAAAGACUGACGCCAUUUUGGAUGGUGAGAAGCCAGAGUCGAAGUCAGCUGCACCACCCAAGUCGCAUGAAGAGCACAUCGAGGAGACUGUCGAAAUGCUAUUACAAAAAGCUGGAAAGAAUAUGGAGCAUACAUUCAUAGCUGCAUAUGUCGUACUUCUUCUGGGAUAUUUGACCAUUGAAAACAAGGACCAUGAAACCGUAAUCAGGUCUCAUUUACCAAAUGGCAAUUUUGAAACAAUGCUUAGCAUACUUGAGAAAUUCUUCAAGUUCAUGACACUAACUGCUGCUGCUGGUUCUGGAAUCAACAGAGGCAUCAAGGCAGCAGAAAUGGUCAUAAAGCAACUGACUCAAAUUGACAAACGCUGAAAUUUAUGUUCAGAAACCACAUUGACUACAAACUCUUAUCAUUCUAUCAAUCCUGCAAGCUGCUGAAUCAUCAAUCAACGUCACUGCACAGCUAUAAUAUGCCAUUUCUUCUGUACCAUACUAUUUGAAACUGCAAUAUAUCUCAAGAUUUUUUGAUAUAAAUUUUAUGAGACCAUGUAAAUAUAUUGUAAAUGCAGUUUAAUAUUUGAUUUGAAUGAUGUAUGCUAUCCAUUGAACAUAUUGUAAUAAAUUACUGUAUAUCAUUAUAAUAGAUCUGUAACUUAGAUGCAUUGAAUGCAUCUUGAAACAACUGUAGAUAUUUCAAUACUUAUAUUUUAUAAAAUGGUGUUUUACCGACUUCAUGACUAUGAUUCUAUAUGGAUCAAUCAUUCAGUUUAUUAAUAAUUGAUCAGAAAACGGCUCAUAAAGGCAUAUCUUCAUCAAGUCUUUUCCAUAUCGACAAUUUUUUUUCUCAUUUUCAAUGUUUGACAAUCAUUUAUUUGUUUUUUUCAUUACGAAUUGUCUUGAAUUCUGUUGUAACUAGUAAACUUUUCUUAUUGAAAGGAUAGUUGAAAGUAAAUUAUACUAUAUGCUUUACUUUCAUUGACUGAAUAGUGUUUUUUCUUUCAAUUUAUUGUAAUAGUAUCAAUGAUGUGGUUUGUGUAAUUUGUUUUAACAUUGUUUUGUUUUUGUCUAUAUUUUUAUCAAGUUCUUUCCUAUUAUAUUCGUCUAAAUUUAUUGAAACUUUGUGAGAAGUAGCUUUUUUGAAUCAUUGUAAAUAAUAAUUUUGAUGAUAUUAUUUGUAUUACUGUUUCCAACCACAUCAUUUCGUGUGUGAACUCAUGCUUUAAGAGACUGUUCUCAGGUGUUUUUAUUUUACUUAUUGUGCUAAGGAUAGAUACGUUUUAUGUGUUUCUUGUGUAUUAUCUUUGUCCAACUGAAUAGUGUGUUAUUUUUAUGAAUAAAAUUUACAUCACACAUUCAAAAUAGCAGUAGUUCAAAUAGCGUUCAUGCAAAGAAAAUUCCGAAAUGUGCUAUUGAAAUAGGAAUAUUCUUUCUGUUAUAGAACAUAUAAAACAUUGAGAACAAUUUAUUGAAUGUAAAAAACACAAAUUUCAAUUACUAAUAAAAUUGUAACUGUAAUAGCCAUAUGAGUAUCAUAUUUGUUGAGUUGAUAAAGUCGAUUCCAACUUUGGAACAAAUUUAUGUCAGAUUUGUGUCAAAGAAGACUAAUCAAAGUCAGACAUGAGAUGAGGUAGGCUGCGGUCACUGAGUUAUAUACAGUAAUAAUAGUUGACUCGCACUUUGGUUCAUUGUAUGCUAAUUUUAUACAAUUUACAAUUCCAGCACAAUUUUAUACAUUAUCCUUCCUUAUGAAGAAUUCUAUAAUCAUUAAGACGUUAUUUUCUUGAACACAAUAUCUCUUAGUUAAACUCUUCCAUGAUUAGCAAUAGAACUAUCGUGAUAUUUGGAAUGCUGCUUUUAUCACUGUUCCCUGGGAAUUAUUAUUCUCCUUUUACAAUUUACCUGCGGUGUUGAAAAAAUUUUUAUCCCUUGUUAAAUUACUUUUUACUCAUUAGUGAAAACUCAGUUUUUUAAUAAAAACUUCAACUCAUGUUUCUUGGUUUACUUGAGCUUGAGUUUCUUAAAAUAUAUCGGACUUUUACAUGUAUAAAUUUCAAUUGAAAAACUCACAUUCUUCUGGAAAUAUAUAUUAGCUUUACUCUGAGAAGAAUAUAGUGCUAGGCAUUGAUUUCUAUUUGAUUAUUAAGAUUACAUUUUAAUCCAGGAAUUUUGAAAUUUUCCUUCUAAAAGGUUUCAAUUGGGAUACUACAAAAAGAUUCAUCGGGUAAUAAAAAUUCAUAAUUACCAAAGUAAUUAUUAGAAAUGUAUAAUAUUCAUCUAUAACAAUGAAAAGAGAAACUUUCAAAGUUGCUUUUAGAAUAAAUACCUUGGGCCCCGUUUAGACUAGGCAGCCAAGACGUACAGCCAGGCAGGCAACCAGGCUACAUAGUCAGCCGGGCAGGGCAGGCAGUCGCUCACUCCAUCACCGAUCAGUGGUUUUAAACUUGGACAGCCAUCCAGGCACAUUUUGGCUGCUGUUUGGAUGCCGAGACCGAAUGACUGUGACCUGGUUGCCU